AAAAGGCGCGUUCGAAGCGAAUGUUGUUUAAACUAAACGUAGCAAUUUCACUUUUGUAGUGGGUGCACACAAGACAACCACAUCGCAGUUUCGCGACUAACGCGUUAUAAUGCACUAAAGAAAGUGGAGUGUGUCAAAACCAUUCUAAAGCACUUAUCUAGGAUUACAUACCUAUUUAGUUUAAGGUCAUAAGAAUUAUGUUUUGUUCACCAAAAAAAUGCGUACUGGUGGUUCUAGGGAUCGUUUUUAUUGGAAUUUCCGUAGCCGUUGGUAUAUAUUUUGCUGUAAAAGGUAAGCAACUGGAAGGAGGCGUUGUGAGUAAUGGACACGAAUGUGCCGAAAUUGGAAGCACUAUUCUUAAAAAUGGCGGAUCGGCCGUUGACUCCGCUAUCGCGACUCUAUUUUGCGAGGGAGUCGCGUUGCCUCAGAGCACUGGGCUCGGUGGUGGGUUUUUGAUGACGAUCUACAUUAAAGAAAGGCGUAGGUUGGAGAGUUUGAAUGCUAGAGAAGUUGCACCUUUAGCCGCCCAUGAAGAUAUGUUUGGAAGCAACGCCGGAUUGGCUUACAAAGGGGGGCUAUCCAUUGCAGUUCCAGGAGAGUUACGUGGCUAUUGGGCGGCGCAUCAACGGUACGGCGCUUUGCCAUGGAAGGAUCUAGUUCAGCCCACUAUCGAAUUAUGCAAAACAGGACUCUUAGUUACACCAUAUCUUCAAACUGUUUUUGAGAGGAAUGAGUGGCAAAUUCGGAAGGACCCUGGUUUGAGGAGCGUGUUUAUUAAUCCAACGACAAACUCAACGUACAAGUUGGGAGAUCAUGUAAAACGUCCGAAACUGGCCGAAACUCUGGAGAUAAUUGCGCGAGAUGGAGCUGACGCAUUGUACAAUGGUCAGUUAACAAAAUUACUUGUUCAAGACAUACGGGAGGCAAACGGUAUCAUCACGGAGGAAGAUUUCAGGAAAUAUCAACCCACCUGGCAAACCACCUUAAAAUCCCAGUUACCGGACGAGUACACGUUGCAUACUUCCCCGUUACCCGGCUCGGGGAUAAUUUUAACAUUUAUUUUAAAUUUGCUGCAAGAUUAUUUGGACGUUACGGAUAUAAAAAAGGAAGAUAAUUGGCAAAGGAUUGUGGAAAGCUUCAAAUAUGCGUACGCGAAAAGAACCGAUAUGGGAGAUCCAAAUUUCAUAGAUAUGAAAAAUUUGACGGAAACCCUCACAUCGUUUGACUACGCCAAACAACUAAGAAGAAAUUUUACAUUGGAUAGAACGUUUAACGACCCCCAUCACUAUGGGGCGAAUUAUUCCAUAGAAGAAGACCAUGGAACUGCACACGUUUCAAUAUUAGCCCCAAAUGGAGACGCCGUUUCCGUUACAGGAACUAUAAAUCAAGUAUUCGGGGCGGGAUUCAUGUCACCGCGCACCGGAAUAAUUUUAAAUGACGAGAUGGACGAUUUUUCAGCACCCGGUAUAACCAACCACUUUGGUGUUCCACCCUCACCGGCCAAUUUUAUUCGGCCCUUUAAGCAACCGUUAUCCUCAAUGUGUCCUAGCAUAGUCGUGGAUAAGAAUGGCGAUGUCGUUUUGGUAAUUGGUGCGGCCGGUGGUACGAAAAUCACCACGACCACCUCGUUAGUGAUUAUGCGAGAAUUGUGGUUUGGAGAGGACUUAUCCGUUGCGGUCAACGCCAGUAGACUACAUCAUCAAUUAGUACCGAUGGCUGUUAGUUAUGAACCAGACUUUGAUAAGUUUAUCAAACUGAAGUUGGAGACGAUCGGCCAUAAGUCGAUAAUCACGCCCACUGAAGAUGGAUUUGCUGCAGUGACGGCAGUUUCAAGAAGAAAUGGUAUUAUAACAGGCAGUAUUGAUCCCAGAAGAGGCGGAAGUGUGUCUCUACUUUGAUAUAGGUUUUAGUUAGGCUAAUGUUAAUAGAAAGAUAUUUUAGGACAGCUUUAGGUACAAUACCUAGCGAAUGUUUGUAAUAAAUAAAUUACUUAGUUUUAAAAAUA